AUGCCUGGCGGCCACAGCAGAAGCUUUCGUUUGAAACGGAAGGAUUCAGACUCGGAUUCAAUUUCAAGUGCCAAGAAGAAGAAUCACUCUUUUUCUAACUUGUUCAAGCGGCGGGACAAGUCAGAUACUCUACCAAAGUCGCAGUCAAUGCGAUUAAUAGGCAAAGGAUCGAUGGACAUUUCUCCUCUGAAUGCCACCAAACCGGACAGUAGAAUGGGAAAGUCUAGUUCUGUACCCAAUGGCUUGGCUUUGUCUUCCCCUCCAAGAAACAGAACAAUCACAGUAAACGGUGAUCAACUGGAUAUAUCUAAAAUUCCUCCGUUACCGGCAAUGCAGUCAAUAAAUCAUACACCUUCUAAAAGGGAAGAGUUCGAUGCUGUCAGAAGAAAGCUGAUUGGUAAUUCUUCCUUGAGCCCUAGACUUCGGAGCACAAAUAUGGGAUUUAAUCAUAAAGACUCGGCUCGUCGUCAGGGAUAUUACAAUGGUGAGAACGAAGACGACGAUAUCGGAAAUGAUGAGGAGGAGGAUGACGAUUACGAUGAGGAUUUUGAUGAUGAUGAAGGUGGUGACUUUGAACCCGACCAUUUAUUAAUAGACAGUACGGGGCUAAAUGUCACAGACAAUCGGCAUGCUUCGAAGCACCACGACUUUCUUAACAACUCCUUAGGUAGGAGAUUGAGCAAGCAUCUCCAUCAAAAGCCAUCGAUGCACAUACAUAGUUCCACUCCCAACCAUUCAGUCUCUUCUAGAACAUCGUUGAAUAAGGAUAAUGAGAAUGGUGGAGAGGAGAGUUCAAACUCAUUAGAGCAAGCUAGCACAAAUGCCGAACAGGAUAAUACAGAAAACAAUAACAAGACUGCAUCUGGUCAACAUGGUAUAUUUUCGACUUUGAUGAACACACUGAAUUUAAAAUCAUUCACUGAAUUGGCAAACCACAAUGAUGAAGAAGAGGAUGUGAACAACAUUGACGAUGCCGUGUCUUCUUCUGUGUCGUCUGAAAAUGACACUGCUAGAAAUGAACCAUUAAGUGCGGUGAAUUUUGUUCCAAUCAAGAAGGCUCUUAUUACUACGUUAGGGCAGGGAAGUUUAACUCUGGACGCAUUCCCUAAAAACCAGACUCAACUUUUGCAUGAUCAAAAUCAUCUGAGUAUUCCUGACAGCUCGGUGCACAAUAACAGCCAGGGAUUACAUCAGCUGAAGAAUCAUAAUAAUGAUGAUAUAUCGUACUCUGACGUUAAAUCGCCUACCAACCCUAAUUCUAGUGUGAAGAUUGACCAAAACCAAGAAAAUACAAGAGCAGCCGUUUCUUCAAAAGAGCAAAGGUCAAGACCCUCUUUAUCUCCACUGCCGAGAAAGCCUACUAUAAGAAACUCAUUAACCUCAAUACUGUCUUCCGAUGAAGAGGAACCCUCUGCCCCUCCGAUGAGCAACAGCCUAAGCUUCAAGAAGAAGUUAAAGUUGCCUUUGGCGGGAAAAAGACAAUCUCUGGAUUCAGGUGGAAACAAUUUGAGUAGACUGAAUUCAAAUAUUGGCAGCGGUGAAGAUUAUCCGGAUCAGGUUGAAGUAAGUGGCAGAAAGAAAGAUUUUCCUUUUGAGAAGCUAGAUUUGAAGGCACCCAGUGAUAAAAGACAAGAAGCUUUUCAUACGCUAUUUCCAAGUUUUCCCGCUUAUGAAGUUUUCAUUGAAGAUUUUGCUUGUGCAUACAGGAAAGAAAUCUUAGUUCAAGGGAAACUUUAUCUUAGUGAGCAUCACAUUUCUUUCCACUCCAAUAUUAUUGGGUUGGUGACACGCUUAACUAUUCCUUUGAACGCCAUUUUGAAAAUACAGAAGAAAAAAACCGUAGGAAUUCCUAAUGCAAUUGAGUUCAGUAACUUACACAACAAAUACAUCUUUGCUUCUUUUAUGUCGAGAGACCCAUCUUACGAUUUAAUUUUCAAAGUAUGGAAGUCGAACAUCAAUAAUGAAGGCAUUGACACAAUUGAUCUCGAUUUAGAUGAUGAGGUUGAUUCUUUGGACACGGUUUCUGUAGGAUAUUCGGAUGAUGAAGAGGGUGAAGACUACUCAAAGACCCGCAGGAAAAGUGAUGGAGUUACUGCGAGUGGGAAUGGGAAUGAUAAUGUUGAUGAUGACACAUCUGAUACAAGUAUAUCUGAUGCAGAAGAUAUGGUUAAGGAUGAUGAGGACAUUUCCAAAAAUGGGGAUGUCACCGCACAGCCAGAAGAGGAUAGCGUUUUCAAUGGUUUACCUUUUGAAGGGCCCAAAGUGCAUGCACAGACCUCCGCUGGUUACUCUCCCGACUCUUCGGAAACAAAAAUCAUUGAGGAAAAUGUUCCUGCUCCUAUGGGAUUGAUCUAUGAGCUUAUGUUUGGGGAUGAUCCUACGUUUAUGAAAAACUUACUCAAAGUGCAAAAAAACUUUAACAUUGGAGAAAUCCCAAAAUUUGUCAACAACAAACGGACAUAUCAUUAUACUAAGCCUGUGAAUGGAGGUCCGGUGGGCCCGAAACAGACAAAAUGCAUUGUCGAGGAAAGUAUCGAGCAUAAAGACUUCAGCAAAUAUUGUUUGAUAGUACAAUUGACUGAAUCACCAGAUGUUCCAUCUGGAAAUGCAUUCAAAGUGAAGACUAAGAUUUUUCUCUCUUGGGGACCACAAAACGCAACGAAUAUUCUCAUUGUAACUACAGUUGUAUGGACAGGAAAGUCCUGGAUUAAAAGUGCAAUUGAAAGAGGUGCAAUAUCUGGACAGAAAGAAGCACUUGGAAUUUUGGUUGCGGAACUGAAAAAGAAAAUCAGCUCUGGAGGAACAAUCAAUACAUCACCAAGCAAAGUGAGAAGAAAGGAUAGGAACAAGAAACCAAAAGAGGAGACACCACUAACAACCACCUCAGAGGUAGCUGAGGAAGGUACAUCCGCUGUUUCUGAACCUGAGCCAAAAACCUAUACGGACUUGAUUUUAGAGCAAGUCGAUCUCAAGUUGUUUUUGAUCAUUUUAUUGUUUGUUAUCGUGAUAACAGAUAAGUUUAAAUCAGCCAGACACACGAAUGGAUAUGAAUUGUAUUCCAACAACAGAAUGCUUAUGAGUGAAUCUAGCUUGUGGGAGUGGAUUGAACAACGUGAGCGUAUGUCGGAUACACAACUAACUCCCGAGGGAUUGAACAUCUCCCACUACAAAAAGGGAAGGCAUAGAAACAGAUUUAAGGAACCGCUGGAAAAAGCUAGUAAGCAAAGAAUGUCUCAGCAAGAACUCAAAGACACAAUUGAUAUGAUGGAGCUUCAAUUACGCAAACUCAAGGAAAGAGAAUAUACUCAUAACAAUUUACUUUGA